UCUUCUUCUGUUCACUUUUGGACAUCAGUAAGCGUGAGACUCAGAGCUCGCGGCCACUGGAGAACCAAGCCGGAGAGCACGCGCUAACUAACACAGAAAAAAAAAAGCGUUUAAAACAUCGCAGGGAUGCUCACUUCUCCGGCGCCUCACGUGCACCAGUGAUUCAUCAUCAUCAUCAUCAUCAACUGUUUUAAUUUUCCGAGAAGAGUCCGCGUGCAGGUCAGAGGGUGCGCAAAGACCUUAACAAACAUGUACGCUGUUGUGCUCGUGGUAGUGUGUGGACUGGUGGGUGUGUUCUCAGCUUGGGACAUGUGUGAUUCAGGACAGUACACCGCCAGCGGUGAGUGCUGCAUACAGUGUCCACCAGGUGAGGGCGUGGUCCAGCUGUGUGGAGAGACGCAAACAGUGUGUCAGCCGUGCCUCGACAGUGAGACCUUCUCAGAGAACUUCAGCCACACGGAGAGAUGUAUGCCAUGCACAGACUGCACCGGGCUGUUACGCAUGGAGACACCAUGCACAGAUGCCAAUGAUGCCACCUGCGUAUGUGACUAUGGCUACUUCAUGUCGCCACUAACGGGGCAGUGCCAGGCAUGCACGGCAUGUCCAGUGGGAAGUGGCAUGCUGAGACGCUGUGCUCCUGAGCAGGACACCAUAUGUGAGGUGUGCACAGAUGACACAUACUCAGACCAGGAGAGUGAGCUCAACCUGUGCCUGCCAUGCACUAUCUGCGAGGACACGGAGGAGCUCCAGCACUGCACUGCCAUCAGCGACACCAUGUGCCAAGAUGUGAAUAAUUCAAGCACACUGCAGUCAUCUCUGGAGCCUUCAGAGCCUCCAUUUGUCUUCAGCAACAUUCCAACAGAUUGGCUCACAGAAUCCACAGAGAGCAUGCCGACUGUUGGACCCGAACCCAAGAAACUGGGCCUGGGUGAUAAUCUCAUUCCCCUGUAUGCUUCCAUUGUACCUGCUGUGCUGCUUGGUCUUGUAGCCUUCAUCAUUAUCAAAAGGUGGAAGAGCUGCAAACACAACAAACAAGAAGGUAAUAAUCGAUCAGGUACGGAGAACCUGAGUCAAACGCCGUCACCUGAGGGAGAAAAACUGCACAGUGACAGUGGCAUCUCUGUUGAUAGCCAGAGUUUACAGGAGGGACAAGGCCUGCCACACACAGUGGUGAAGAUUGACGGAGGCCUGAGUUUUCUGCUGCAUGCUCGUGAAGAACUGGAAAAGCUCCUGGAUGAUGAAGGACUCCUGGAAAAUGACUGGUCCAGCCUGGCUGGCUUGCUCGGGUACGAAGAAGAGCGCAUCGCCUCUUUCGGCCAGGAGGAGAGGCCGAUCCGAGCACUGUUGAGUGACUGGGCGAGCCAUGAUUCUGCCAGUGUUGAUGCACUGUGCACUGCAUUGAGGAAGAUCAACCGUGAAGAUCUCGCUCAGGGCAUCAUGCCCAAGUCCACAGCUACCUCCAUCGUGUGA